AAAGAGAAGAGAAGAAUAAAGCGAAAGACAUCCCAACACACAAGCCUGUAUUAUAAUAAAACCAUAAUCUGCUGCUGGACAGAUAAGCUGUUCCUUUUGUCUCUUCCUUCUGAUCCCUAGCUAUAACUCCUUGCAAUGGUGUUUGUUUUUAUACACAUAACUUCUGCUCACUUAUACUGAUUCCCAACCCCAACACUCAUCAUCUUCAACAAUAUUCACUUGCUAAUUAGCACUAAUUUCCAUACAUUCAUGGGCUCGAGGGCUAGAUGGAAGCAAAGAUGGUGCACGCAAACCUUAACUCCACUGCUAGAAGGUCCGGACCCCGAUAUGCAAGAAGAAGGUAACAAAAAGGAAAGUUCAUGGGAAAUAAUUCGUGAAUGGUUUCGAUUGCAAAGGGGUCUUUCUGCAGGAAACAAUUUUACAGUCUCCUUGUAUGGGAGCAUUCCAGCCAAAAGACAAGAUUUGAGGCUUCUACUUGGAGUAUUGGGUUGCCCUCUAGCCCCAAUCCCUCUAGUUAACGACCCCAUCCAUCGCAUUCACAUUAAAAACACACCCAUUGAAAACUCUGCCGCGCAUUAUAUCAUACAGCAAUACUUGGCAUCAACAGGGUGUUUAAAGCAACAAAAAUGCAUGAAAAACAUGUACUCAGCAGGAAGUGUGAAGAUGGUCCGUUGUGAGACUGAAAUCUCAUCAGGAAAGAAUGUGAAGAGUUUGGGGACUAGAAGUGGUGAAAGUGGGUGCUUUGUUCUUUGGCAAAUGCUGCCAGGGAUGUGGUCUCUUGAAUUGGUGGUUGGAGAAAAUAAAGUCAUAGCAGGCAGCGAUGGGAAGACCGUGUGGCGGCAUACUCCUUGGCUUGGUACUCAUGCUGCCAAAGGACCCCAACGCCCUCUACGUCGCAUAAUCCAGGGCUUAGAUCCAAAGAACACAGCCAACUUAUUUGCUAAAGCACAGUGCCUAGGUGAGAAACGAAUUGGCGAGGAUGAUUGCUUCGUUCUAAAAGUAGCUGCUGACAGAGAAGCUGUGAUUGAAAGAAGUGAAGGACCAGCUGAAGUGCUCAGGCAUGUACUAUACGGCUAUUUUUGCCAAAAAAGUGGUCUCUUAAUAUACCUGGAGGACUCCCAUCUAACCAGAGUACAAACCCCAGAAAACGAAACUAUCUACUGGGAGACUACCAUAGGAAGCAGUAUCGGGGACUACAGAGAUGUGGAUGGCGUGCUGAUUGCUCACCAAGGAAGGUCAAUCGCUACAGUUUUUCGAUUCGAGGAGUUGUCUGUUCAGCAUAGUAGGACUAGAAUGGAAGAAGUGUGGAGGAUUGAUGAUGUUGUGUUCAACGUGCCAGGGCUCUCCAUGGACUAUUUCAUCCCCCCUGCUGAUAUCUUUGACGCAUCCCCGUGAUUAACUGACGUCAACUAUGUUUUUGAUAGUUUUGGUGGGUACUUUGUGGUGUAUUUAAUCUUCAAGUGUAGUCUGUAGCUGCUUUCCAAGUCAUGAAGAAAAAAAUGACCAGUUCUAGCUUGGGAUGGAAUAAUAUAUUGAAAAGUUAUUAAAUAUUCUUAGGUGUUAAUUAAUCUAGAAAUAGCUAGGCGAAAGAUUGUAUUCAUGCUUUAUAAAUUUCCAUUAUCCAUGCUGAGUUACAACUCAUGAUGUUA